AUUCCUUAGAUCUUCCUGACCCAGGAAUCAAACCAGAGUCUCCUACAUUGCGGGCAGACUCUUUAGCAGCUGAACUACCACCCCAAAUCCAAUAUGAGCUCAUCACCAUCCUUAUCCUAACCACAUUUAAGACCCCAUUUCCAAGUAAAGUCAUAUGCUGAAGUUACAGUGGACAUUCUUGGGACGAAACCAUCCAAUCCACUACAGCCUGCUUUAUAAUAAAAAUCCCCUUCUGCAAUGGGAAGCAAGGGGCUCAUCCAAGUCUCAAGACCGCAGCGAUGAUGGAGGCCCUGUACACAGGUGGGCUGGAAGGGAAACUCCUGAUUGACAUCGGCUCCGGGCCCACCAUCUACCAGUUCCUCUCUGCCUGUGAGUCUUUCCAAGAGAUCAUCGCCACCGACUACACAGACAAGAACCUCCAGGAGCUGGAGAAGUGGCUGAAGAAGAUGCCGGGGGCAUUUGACUGGUCUCCAGUGGUGAAAUACGUGUGUGAGCUUGAGGGGAACAGAGACAAGUGGGCAGAGAAGGAGGAGCGCGUAAGGAGAGCCGUCACCCGGGUGCUCAAGUGUGACAUCCUGAAAGAACAGCCCCUGGAGCCCGCGGUCCUGCCCCCCGCCGAUGGCCUCAUCUCCUCCCUGUGUCUUGAGGCUGCCUGCCCCACCCCGCAGGCCUGCUGGGAUGCCCUGCGCCACCUCAGGACCCUGCUCCGGCCCGGGGGCCAUCUGGUGCUGAGCGGGAGCUUCGAGUCCACCUUCUUCAUGGUGGGGGACAAGAGGUUCCCCACUCUGCCCCUGAAUGAGAAAUUCCUGCGGGAGGCCCUGCAGGAGGCCGGCUUCAUCAUUGAGAAGCUGGAGAAGGUCGCUCGGGCCACUGAGACCCACUUGGAUAAUCGCACUGACUACACAGGGCUGUUCUUCCUGGUGGCCCAGAGAGGGGACUAGAGGCAGCGGCUUGGAGGAGCGGGUGGUCGGGGGGUGGGCCUGGGACCAUCCCUCUGCCACCUCGUUUGUGUUUCUCUCCAUUUCACCAGCUUCACUUCUAACGCUUGCUGGCAAAUGAUCGCCAGGUCAGUCGGGAUGCUUCUCCCAGAGAUGUUUAUAAUGUAUUCCACUAAUGGCCCCGAGCUGGGAAAAAGAAUUGGACCAGAGAAAUAAAGCUGCACCUCCUUCCUUCUGGGCUCCUUCAGGGUCGCAUGGAAUGAAGUGGGAAGGACCCUUCCCACUCUCUGAUUUUAGGCAAUUCAGACUGCACGCCUUCUGAGCUCAGUCUCCACCUCCCUCCCCAUGCCUGCUAAUCCUGCAGCCCUGCCCCUUGAAAUGGAAAGCACAUGCAUGGAUUUUGAUCCUUGGCUCUCUGAUUCAACUUGCUCUUGUGACUUUAGGUGGGCACCUAAUAUCUCAGAA